CAGAGACGUUUGCAUAUAGUCAUAACCACAGCUAUGGCCCCAAGGAAACGGAUCUCGAGGAUUGCAUCACGCAGUGUGGCGACUGUGGAGCAGUUCACUAAGCGCAUCAACUGCCGCUCGGUUGGCACCCAAACCGAUAUCCUGGCUAAGGGUCCGGCGAAGCGCAAAAAGGUCGAGAACAAGGUCAAGCUGCUGGAUUCGCAGCCACUGUCGUCCCAGUACUUGGCCAUCCAUCUGAUGCCGGCAAUCAAUCCACUGGCAACUGAAACAAUAAAUCGGCGUCCGGAUACAUUCUCAUAUUUUCUCCCCGGUCCAAAUGAGAAGUCUUGCCAGGCUGUGGCCGACCGAAUCGCUGACGCAAGCGAUCGGGUCAUCACCGCUAGCUCCGGAGAACGGCAAAUAAACCACCUGAAGUCUGUGGUGAGCAACCGCCGCGAAGAGGCCAACCAGUGGGAUCGUAACCGUCUUGAAAUUCUGCUGGCCCAGAUCAAUGGUGACCCGCCGCCGCGCUGGAACUCGGCCACCCAAUUGUGGCUAGAGGUUGACAUGCUGGAGAAGCGCAUAGAGGCCUACGACCAAGAAGAACUGCAGAAUGCCAAGAAUCGCAAUUUGGACAGGAAGCUAGACGGUGGGCAGGAUAAGGGGCCGUCAGAUGAAAAGGACCAGCAGACUUUGAAGACUUUGAAGGCAACGUAGCCUUUUCAUAUUUAAUAUUCAAUGGCUAAUAAUGGUGGUCUAUAAAGUCGAACUCGACUUGGAUUUAUACACAUUGCAUUCAUUUGUACACACAAAAAAUGGAUUCGUUUAAAUACUUAGACGAUUCAUUUUUUAAUUAUGACAACUGAAUAUGAAUAUGAUAUGAUCAAUAUGAUGAAAUAUUGAUUUGCAAUCAUUGCCGUGGAAAAUGGUAAUCUUAAAGCAAAUAAAUCAGCAAAAAUAUGUGGAUUUAUGAAUUACCGU